AUGUUUGUAUAUGUUAGCAUCAGAAGAGAUGCCUCCGAAGAAUCUGACCUCCUUCGCUCCAUACGUGCUGCCAUCCGAAGUUCCGGUACUAAUACCGUGAACACAACUUUUAGCCCCCUCUUCACAGGUGGAUCGGAAUCCUGGACAGACCAAGAACUUUCCUGGAACGACUAUUGCGUAGUCCUGAGCGAAGGAGGCGUCAUCAAGAGAAAGUGGGACCUCAGUCAAGAAAAUCAAAUCAUCCAACAUGCCUGUAUCGGAAAGCUCAUGCAGCCGACUGGAUCCUCCAAUCGCCAGGCCCACGGAAGCGCCCACUACACAAGAUCAAACGAAACACCCGGAACGACGAACAUCUUCGGGCCAUUCACAUCACUCAGAUAUGAAUCUAAAGCUGUUGAAGAUACAGACGAGGAAAUAUCAGGUGUAUUUAUUUUCUUGCGGAGUAUUGGGAAGGUUUUCUUGCAGAAUGGGAUGGAUUAUACGUUUCCGCUUCCGUUUCUUGUUCACAGAGCGUGGCCGCUUCGUCCUCAUGGUGUUCUUAUUCAGCGAAUACUUGAUCCAGCUGAAGUGGACGAGGCUCGUGUCACAGGAGAUGACGUAUUACCCACCAUAUUCACCAUCACGAGCGCGUUUUCGGAGCCUGAAGCUGUUGGAAUUACGAUUGGCAUUUUGGGAGGCUUUGGUGACGAACGUGUUGCUUUAGUGGAUGAGGAAGAGAAUUGUUCCAAGCCGCUGGUUACCGUCUCUGCUAGCGACGAGGUUGUCUGGGUUUCUCCUGGUGUCCCUAAUUCGACCGGCGAAUUUCUGGUUACCUUUGAUACGGACAAAGGGGGUCUCUCCAUAUGGAGAUAUGCCUACUUGAAGCCCAAGGAUGCUCCUGUGCCUCUUACUCGGACUCGACGUCAUAGCACUUCGCGAAAGAGCAUGUCCGCCGCUGGGAAUAGGCGACAAUCAAGUGUUAGCGACCUUUUGGAACUUGAUCGCCGGCUACCUCAGGACAUGGAGUUUGAUGGCGAUUUUCCCCCACCGUUUCCCCCAAAUUCCGGACUUCCGCCUUCGACGACAAGUAAUAUCACUGCUCAGCCACCAAUACCAGGAAGGAAACGGGACUCCAUAACUCGCCUAGAUCUCAGUUUGACAAUGGACAGGAUGGCGCUUGGAGGACAGAGAGACCCAGAAGUGUUGGUCACCCCUGUUGAACAUGGAAGGAUGAAGGCGUCUUAUUGGGCCCAGCAGUUGACCACUCAUCAUUUGGGAGGGAGACAACUGCCGACGCGUGAUAUCUCUGUUGCGUCGUUUGAUCAACGCUUUGAUGGCAAAGUUCAUCGCUCGCUCCUCGCAGUCUGCCUGCCUGAUGCUCAGGAAGGCAAGAAAUCAUUUGUGGUUGAGAGUUUCGGUACUCUGGAAGCCGUUGCAAUCGCGUCAAUACGCGCGACACGUGGUGAUAUCUGGGACCUUCUUGCAGUGAAGAAGGAUGGUUCGUUAUCAUUGUUUAUUCAUGGAUUGCACGAGCUCCGUAUACGACUGAAGCUCGCGCAACCCUGGAGCGGCGACAGCAACGAUUCAUCUGAGGUCAUCUCACUUGAUCAUGUCGUAGCAUUGAAGCAUGUUUGCGUCUCAUCGGUAUAUAUGGAGAUGAGUGAUGGAAAGGUUCUGGCACUUGUGAUGCCGAAGGCUCAAGCUUUUGACCUGCAGCGAAAGAUUCUCGAGUCAUGGUCACAGCGUUACUUCCGAACAUCGCCUGGGCUCGAGUUCCAGGAGUUCACGCUCGCACUCUUCGCGCUUCUUGAGCUCAAGCUUGUGUAUCCUUUCAAAAACGACGACUCCACAAGUUCUUCUGACCUCCGCUUAGUGGUUCUUCGAUACGAAUCCCUCACGUUACUCAUUCCUCUGAUAUGUCAAAUUGCACACAUCGUUCGACCAGAAUGGGCAGAUUACUGGAAGCGCCUCUGUCCUAAUAUCAUGCCAGGAUGGCCCGCCCCAUCUACAACGCGUCACAUAAGUAAUCCUGACUGGCAAUUCCCUGCGUAUGGAACUUCCCGACUAGCCCGAUCUUUUUCCAUUGAUCCGUCAUUUGCUUUUGGGGAUGCCGAACCGCUCGUGUCGUUGCAGCGUCUCGCGGCAGCCUAUAUGUGUCUUGCUGAUAAAACGGUGUCAUCUACGCAAAAGCGGGCAGAGCAGACCGUCGAAAAGCUCGUCGAUAUGCUUGGGACAGCGGAGAAGGGAUUUGCGUUCCUUAAUAGUCUUCCAUUGGGUAUCGCAGCGCCCCUGAGAGAAGCUAUUAGAACGUGUCAACUGUCCCCUCCUUCUCAUUGGCGCAAAGAGCAUUAUGACCUCAUUGGCCGGCGUGACUUGGCUUUCAGUGUUGCUGGAACGCAGCCAGAGCUCUCUCAGAAGGGCAUUGCUCAGUCUGCCGAGACCUAUAUGAAUACCCACCGACGAGUGACGAUCGGCAGUCUGGCCGAACAGGCCAAAUCUGCGAGCAUCGGAGAAAUCGAUGCGGUUUCUGGAGUCGAACUUGAUCUCAAGGGAUUCACUAAGAUCCGUUUUGGCCAGGAUCGCAGAUUGGAAGAAGUGGCUCGUAUGCUUUGUUCGUCGGCGGUUCCAUCAGUACGGCUUGUGGAGCGCCCGGAAUUGAACGAACAUGACCAGGCGAAGGAGCAACAGCAUCAAGUAGUUCGUAUUGCAGAGCGAACGCUGGCACUACCCUAUGGUCGUGCUAUGUUCACCUUUGGUUCUGUGUUGACGGUCACGAAAGAGGCCUAUGUCACCCCCAAGAUGGAGUAUGCGGUUAAGAUACAACCAUCAAAUGUUACAUCUGCACCCGAGCUUGGCAAAAUACCUGUCGAAUGCCUUAACUGGGGCGAGUUCCAUAAUGGUGUCGCAGCGGGACUACGCAUCUCCCCGGAAGCUCGUGGUGUAGAGAGUUCGUGGAUUGCCUUCAACAAGCCUUCUGAGCUCACCCCAGAGCAUGCCGGUUUCCUAUUUGGCCUUGGCCUCACGGGGCACCUCAAGGAAAUGCUUACGUGGCAUACCUUUGGAUAUCUAACCCCAAAACAUGACUUGACCUCCAUUGGCGUCUUGCUUGGUUUGUCAGCUGCGAACGCUGGGACAGGCAAUCGCCAUGUGACAAAGUUACUUGCCGUUCAUACCCCAGCCUUGCUUCCCACGCAGAACGUCGACCUGAACGUAUCCCUCAUGACCCAAGCAGCCGGCUUGGCGGGAGUCGGAAUUCUAUACCUCGGUACAAAAAACAGGCGCAUGGCAGAAGUAUGUCUCCACCAAAUCAGCAGAAAAGACCUCGUGCAACCGGACCUCAGCAAUGAACACCGAGAAGCUUAUACUUAUUGUGCUGCAUUAGCCUUCGGCAUGAUAAUGCUAGGUCAAGGUUCCUCCGUUCCCGCAGAUCUCUCAUCGCUCAAUCGCCUCCGCGUCCUUGUGCAUGGUGAAGGAAAGUCAGUUGUGAACUCCCAAGCACGGCCCACAUUCGAUGUCAAUAUCACCUCGCCAGCAGCUUCCAUCGCCCUUGGACUAAUGUAUCUCAAAACAGAGCGACGAGACGUCGCUGAUAUCCUGGAGAUUCCUAGCACGGUCUUAGAACUGAACCGUAUACAACCUAGCUUUUUGCUCAUGCGGACCAUUGCAAGAUCCUUGAUCAUGUGGAACGAUAUCGCUUCGACGCCGCAGUGGUUACUUGCUCAGGUGCCCGAAUCUAUCGUGAAGGCCAUGCACGGUCACGUGCGAGGAAAACCAGCUGACGAUGCUAUCGAGCUUGCCUAUUACAACAUCAUUGCAGGUUGUUGUUUUGCUAUUGGCUUGAAGUACGCGGGGACAGCGCGUCAUGAGGCAUAUAUUAUGCUAUCGAAUUAUUUCGACAUGUUCAGUAGAUUUGUGGCAGCUAGUGGCCCUGCCUUUGAUCACAAGAUCAAGCGCUCUGCUGUUCGUGAAGGCUUGAACCUCAUUUCCAUUGCACUUUGUAUGGUCAUGGCGGGUACAGGGGAAAUCACCUGCUUACGACGCCUGAGAUAUGCAUAUGGCAUGUAUCACCAAGCGUUUCGAUAUGGCGUCCAUGUUGCGACUCACCUGUCGCUUGGCUUGUUAUUCCUCGGGGCCGGUCGGUAUACACUCGGAACUUCGAAUGCCGCAAUUGCUUGCAUGAUCAUCGCCUUUUUCCCUCGUUUCCACCAUGUAUCAUCAGAUAACAAGAGCUAUCUUCAGGCUCUUCGUCACCUCUGGGUUCUUGCAGUUGAGCCUAGAUGCCUUAUGGCACGGGAUGUUAAUACCAGAGAAGCAGUCUAUCUCCCACUGAUAUCGCCUACGUUGAUACCGGAUUUCAACAAACUUUUGUCCAUUAGAAUCGAUACACCCCGCUAUUGGCCUUUCUUUGUGGACCUUGAACACGUACCACAGCAUAGGAGAAGCCUACGACGUACGGCUUUCUUGAGCUAUACGGAGGACCCUAGGGGAAGUAGAAGUCUUUUCGUUCGCUCUGGUUCAUCCGCUGGAGAUGCUGCAACUCUAGACUUCCCGCAAUUGACCGACACGAAGGCACACCCUGCAAGCGACCUGACUCAUUUCAUCUCAUCCUUCUCCAACGACACCCUAUUUCUUGCUUUCGCAGAUCAUUUCUCACGCGAAGACGGUAAGACAGUCGAAGAGAGAGUCUUCCACAAUUACUGUCACGCGGUCCUGCUUGAUAGCAUUCUUCAGGAUAAGAUGGAAACAUUGCAGUCCCAUCUCAUGCUUUAUCAGUAUCGCACUCAAUCACCAUCGAACAGCUACUUCCAUCUCCGGCUGCAAGACCUUCGUUUUGCUGUCGACUUUUAUAGCAAAGUCUACGAUCGACGGUUCAGUGGGAAAUCAGAGAAUAAUAUUCGGCCUUCUCUGAUUCGCGAAAACACUGUCUCUGGCGCAUUACAAGCCUUGGAUGAGCACCUCGCAGAAAUCCAAAAUUCCACAGCCCUUAACACGGUCUUUGGCAGAUAUGCUCGUGGGGAACUUAUAGUGGAGUCCGAAGAAGCCCCUGAAGUAUCGCGUUGGCUGGCUUGGUAUCUGCUGCGCCAUGGUGUUCCGUCGGCAUCGCUGCUAGCAAUUCUCAAGCAACUUGCACAAGAUGCUCAUGCACAAUGUGCCGCUCCUGGGAAUGUUGAUUUGAGGACGCUGGAUGAGGGCAUAAAGGAAGUUCUAAGAGGGACGGGGACAAAGAUGAAUACAGUGUUUGGGUCAGGAUGGUCGGGUCCGUCUUUGGAGAGGGUUAUUGAUGCAUGGCAGAGACAUUCGUAAGGCAUGCCACACUU